UAUUCUUGGUCAAUAUAUUCAGAGAUGAUGUACCAUUAGGUGUCAUACAGAAUUUUGAAAAAAAUUGCUAAAGAAUCCCAAACACCGCGUUAUUUUGAAAAAAAAAAAAGCGGAAAAAAUGAAGUUGAACGCAGUGAUCGUCCACGGGAUUCCUUUUAUUUUCGUUGCUUUAUCGUCGAUGAUAACGAAUGCAGAAAAGCUCAACGGUUGUCGUAGCGAAGCCGAAGCGCCGUAUUUCGUCGGAAUUGCCAACUUUGACUGCAAAAACUCGAGUUCAGGUCAGAUGAUGAACUUCAACGUCAGCACGCCAACUUUCAAGAAUGUGAUAUGCGAUUUCAAUUAUACCAUUGAGAACAUUGGGAUCAACCCUAGGAAUGCUACCCAAGGCUCGUACCGUGUCCUGAUGUUCAUCAUGGAUCCUACUUUACCGGAAAGAAGGAAAGUCUUCGUGGUGAACAGGACUGUUUCUACAUCAGCUCGUCCAACAAGUGCGACAUCUACCGCGUCGUCAACCAGACCAGUCUCUUCUACCACAACCCGACCAGUUUCAACUACCUCUACCAGACCAGUGUCUUCUUCCACAACUAGACCAGCCUCUACCACUAGACCAGGUUCCACAACCAGACCCGCAUCCACUUCUACCACAAGACCAGUUUCUACUUCUACAACCAGAUCUACCUCUACAACUAGACCCACUUCAACCACGACUAGAACCACGACUAGACCCACGUCUACCACAACCAGACCAACAUCAUCAACGACUAGGUCUACAACGACAUCGACGAGAACCACGACUCGGUUGACGUCAACGUCACCGACAACAACCAGAACCACGACCCGACGAGGCCAGACAACAACGACUCCUCUACGUAGGACGACGUUGUACGAAGACUUUUUGGAUGCCAAUAAUGGAGAAAUGCGAGAAUCUGACGGCGAGGAAGAACAGGAUAGUGAUCCAAUGUUGUUCUUCAAUCCCACUGACCGACUGGUGGCGAGACAGGUCAAACUGGGCGUUGUCAAACUCAUGGCGGGUUCCGCGGCCGAGGAAAUGAUGCAGUGCGAGAUGGACGUGGCUCACUUGACUCUGCCGCUGGCUUGCAACGAAAACGUUGACCUGACAAUAACCGUUUCUCCGCAACGCUUGACCAACACCAGCUGGUUCAGCACGCCAAUCAACGCAACAAAUGUAUUCCUCACACUCAACAAUUUCAUGACCGACAGAGGCGUUAAUCAGACUAUGAUUUCAAAUGCCUUGAAUGCCUUCAACGAGCGUCAAAACAAUUUCAUGAACACCAUGGAUCAUGGCAACAAGCACGGCCAUGAUGAUGAUCAUGAUGAUGAUGAUGAUGAUGAUGAUCAUCAUGAUGAUGGUGAUCUACUGCAGAAGAUACACAUGGUUCAGCAAAUGAAUUCUCCGAAUGCAAGGGCAAUGUUGGCAAUGAAAAUGCUGAUGAAGAUGAAUGAGGCUAAUCGCAAAAACCAAAUGAUGGGGCAAAUAAGUGCCAUGAAAAUAGGGAUGUUGUUGCGCCUUAAGGAAAUGAAGGAAACCGUGCCGAAUCUGGUUGUAUCUGAAACCAUGUCUAUUUCUCAGCAAAUGCCAGAGUUGCAGCUGAAGUUGAAAAAUAAUGGCCGUGACACCUUGAGAGGUCGGACAGGUUCAUCUGCUCCAAAACUUAGAGCUUUCAUCCGACCUUUCGCUUCAAAGAAGCUGGCUAUCAUGAUGAUGAUGGCUGCAUCUGGACAACCGUUACCAAAUGACUGUGACACGAUGUUGCCGACGGACAUUUCCCUGAUUCACAGUAACGAACUGAUAGAAAACAGCACUGGGUCCGGAUCAUCAGACCUGAGAUCUGGGGCAGAAGUUUCAUUGAACACCAGCAAGUUGUUUCUCAGAUCAAGAGAAGCCUGUGGACCUGCUGCAAUGAUAUUUUCCGUGGAAUCCCCUUUGUUCUCGGCUGAACAAAACGAUUCCAACAAUCACGUGAUCAUUCCUGUGUGGCUCAACUGCGACUUGAUGUCAAUGCCACCCCGUAUUGGUCACAUGAUGCAAAAUGGUCCACCUGGAAAAAUGUGCAGGGUUGUGCAAAAUUACUUCGACGGAGGCAGAAAAGCCUUGUUGGUUUCUGGCGACUUCAGGAGCGGAUACAAAUACACUGCUUACGAUGGAGAGGAAUUUAUGCCAAUGGACUCAAAAUCACCAGGAACAUGGCAUUUGGCUCAAGUUGUUCAAGGUUUGCACAUGGAGGUGCAAGACUUGACUGACCGGCUAAUUGCUUCUCAGCAAUGCAAAGCACCUUCAAUGGAUGGUGCGAUCAUGAAAACCUUGCCAUCAGCUCUGAGCGAUUUCUCUGAUAUUCUGUGGAUGCUGCGUCAGACCAUCAAAAACUACAGAUACCCGGAUCAGAACACAAAUCCGCAGGUUUACAUUGAAAAUAAGAACAACUUGAUGGAGUUUGUGACCGGUUUCGCCGAUUUGAUGGAGAAUCUCGUGUCCAAACGAUGUCCUUUGUUGUGGGAAAUCGUCGACGAAAUCGUCGCACUCUUCAGCGAACAUGCAAGGAAUGAUCAACUGAUGCAUGACCACGACAUGGGAGAAAACAAUAAUGGCCACAUGACUAUGAACGAAGACUACAGAUCUAAUGGACGCACCAACAACCGGAUGGGUCAAAUGCGAAGUUCGAGUAGAUCCGGAAGCAGAAGCGGAAGUUCGCGCGGGAAAAGUGGCAGCGGUCAAGAAAAUUCCAGCAACAACAACGACAACAAAAAUAACCAAGGUGGCUCGAAAAACAACCAAGGUGGCAAUAACACGGAUUCCAACAAUUCAAACAAUAGUGACAAAAAUCAACAAAAUGGAAACAACAAUGGCGGCAACAACAAUAACAGCAAUGCUGGAAACAAAAAUAACCAAGGCAAUCAAGGAAACAACAGUAGCAGCAAUGGAAAUAAAAAUCAGGGUAAUAAUGGAAGCAAAAAUGGCAAAAACAACCAAGGAAAUCAAGGAAACAACACUAGCAGCAAUGGAAACAACAACAACAACAACAACCAAGGAAAUAACAAGAAUAAUCAAGGCAAUAAUGGAAACAGCAACAAAAACAAUCAAGGCAAUAAUGGCGGAAACACUGAUUAUGAAGAAUACUCCACUGAUGACAGCAGUGAUGAAAAUGGUUCAGGUUCAGGAAAAAGUAACCAUGGUGGCAGUGGUGGUUCCUCUUCAAACAAUGGAAGAUCAAAGGGUGGUAACAAUUCCAAAGGGAAAAAUGGCAACAGCAAUGGUUCUGGAGGUAAUAAAUCCGGUGGUGGCAGAGAAAAAUAUUCAAAAGUCAGUGGGAAAAGUGCUGCUAUGAGAGACAUGCAUCAGCAGAAACCAAAAUACAAAAUCAGAUUCCUCAAUGGCCAACCAAUUAGGUUUCCAGCACACUCUUCAGAGAGGAUGAUUGACUUUGAAAUGGAUGUCAGUGGAAUGCUGAAAUCCUGCAAGUCACUUCAGGAUAGCGGAAGUCCAGACGAAUGCCCCAUGAAGAAAAUGGGCAAAGUUCUUCAGUGCAUCAUCCGACAACCCAAGGGAUCCCUGAGGAGCAACCUGUUGUCAAAAGUGCAAUUAUUUGUCAGAUCAAUCCUGUUUGAUGAUGGGGAAGGAAGCUUGGACCCGGAUACGGACCCAGAAACAGUUGCGGAAAUCAAAGGCUUCAUCCAACGUUUGGUGUCCGGAAAUGGUCCAUUUUCAAUAAAUAUUUUCUCCGACCCUCAAAACGGAGGUCAUUUCACGUCUCGUUUGAGGGAAUGGAAGGACUUGUACGACGAAAGCCAAUCAAGCCCGAUCCAAAUAGAAUCUUUUUACGCUCUUUUUGAAUACCUUCAGCUUGGAAUUCGAGAUGAAAAAGCAUCAUUAGAUCCCUACGGACAAAGUGAUGCCAUUUUCUUGGCAGACUACGCAACUGGUUUGUUGGAUGAACUGAAAAUGGACCAAGAACUUCUCUUGAAAAUGACUGACCUCGGAAGAACGCUACAAAGGGCAGACUUCAACAAUGAUUGGGCGGAUUUGGCAGCGGGUCAUCGCAUGGACAUCAGCAAAUUGCAGAGUGAAGAUGCAGAUCGCGUUCAUUGUCUCAAUGUUGCUGGGAUCGUUCUCAAAAAUUUUCUUCUUCAACACGCCAUGGAUCUGAGGGCUUCGCCUGAGGAAGUUUUGGAUAUCAUCAAAGAGCACAAAAUUUUCGAUGAACCUCCAACGCAGGAGAGAGACGUUCAAAUGAUCCCCAGCACUUGGUUUUCAAUGGGAGGCGACAUCUACCGUAACAAAUAUAAUAUUCUCACCGGUCAAUUCUACAUCGCGAAGAUGGCGCAGUGUAGUUGCGGUGGUUGUGGUGGCCCCGAUGGUUCCUGCAAUGCUCCAAAAUGGUCAAAAGGUGGUGGACACGGUGAUGGCCAUGGUAUGAGAGGAAAUCGGAGAGGAGAUGAUCAUGAUGAUGAUGGCAACAGCAGUGAAGAAGAAGAUUCUGGCCAGAAAAAGAGAAAUUCCAAGAGAAGCUCGAAUCGUUCAAACGAUGAUGAUGGAUAUUCGCAAGCCUUGACUAUGUUUUAAGGCGUGAAACUUUUUUGUUUGUUUGUUGGUGAUUCGAUAUUUUAAAACAAAGUCACCUUCGAAGCAAUAUUUUCGCAACCUCGAAAAGAAGAUGAAGAAAGAAUAUGCACAAUUUACCUGGUAGAAAAUGUAGAGUUUUUGUUAUGGCUUUCUAAACGUGAUUCUUACGCCAGGAGGAGAUGAAAUACAUUUUUCUUUACCACCCAAAA